AACAUUUUGCCCUAGUCCAGAGUUGAAGACUUCAGAAUCGCAAGACUUCAAUAUCGAUCGAAUCAAGAGACUUACAGCUUCUGGAAAAUUUUGAAGAUCUGAACUCAUAGCAACAGGGUCAAUAUGCAGGCUAGUGACAGGUUUAAUAUCAACUCCCAACUUGAGCAUUUGCAAGCCAAGUAUGUAGGAACAGGACAUGCAGAUAUGAAUAGAUUUGAAUGGGCUGUUAAUAUCCAGCGAGACAGCUAUGCAUCAUAUGUUGGACAUUACCCUAUGCUUGCUUAUUUUGCAAUAGCUGAAAAUGAAUCAAUUGGAAGAGAACGCUACAAUUUUAUGCAGAAAAUGUUGUUGCCUUGUGGACUUCCACCAGAAAGAGAGGAUGAGUGAUCAUGCCAAGGAGGUUCAUGGUUGUGGUUGUGGUUGUGGUUGUGAAUGUUAUUAAGUAGAAAUGUAUGAUAGUGAUACCAUUCAUAUGUUCUGUUUGAUGUUUUUGAGUUUUUACAACAAUGUUAUUGUUUUAGUAUUGCAAUUGACUUUUGAUUUGUCCUGAUUUUGGCUUAUUAUACCAUUUAGGUAUUGGGUGCA